UCAUAGCUUUCAGGCUUUAAGAUGCCAGACGCUUGCCAUGGGCAAGAGGCCGACGCGGACUCAACGAGUGAAGUGUGCCCCUGUCCAGCCCAAAGAGUCUCUGACUCAACGGCUGCGUGUACUUGGGGCAGAGAUUCGGGGAGAAGACGAUGCAGGUCGCAAGUACGAGAACUUGUGCGAGCUGUGGCUGGUGCAGGGCCAGCAAAGAGACAAGUUCUACAAGGUGAACGAGGAGUGGUGGCUGGAAGGCUACGAAGGCCGACAAACAUUGGAAGGCGCCAUGAUCGGCGACGACGAGACUAAGGAAGACACGGCGCACUCCGCGGCAUUUCUGCGCAGUGCUUUGGCGGACUCGGCGCUCGCCGCGUCGGGUCGGGCGCUGGCUGCCCUGGAUGUGGGCGCGGGUCUUGGGCGCGUGUCCAAGGCGGUUCUGCUGCCUGCAGUGCAAACUGUGACGCUGGUUGACCAGUCGGCCAAGUGGCUGAAAGCUGCACAGACCUACUUGGGACACGAUGCGAAGAGGUGCAGCUUUGUGCAGAGUCGGCUCGAGGAGUUUCAGCCGGAGACCUCCUUUGAUGUGAUUUGGAUCCAGUGGACCCUGCAAUACCUCAUCGACGCAGACGUGGUGAAUCUGCUGCAGCGGCUGGCCAGCAGCCUCCGGCCAGAAGGCAUCAUCCUCUUGAAAGAGAAUCGACCGGUGUACAGUCAGAGCGAGUGCUUCCAGAUGGACACCCCGAACAAGGAGGGGCGCUUUGACAUCACGCGCCCGGAGAAGCACUUGGGGGUGCUGGUGGCAUUGGCCGGCCUCUCCGUAAGCCACGUAGAGACCUGGGACGAGUGCAGCUGCUGGGUGCUCACGUCUCCAAAGGACCUGCCAUGAGAGCUGCUUGCUUCAGAUUCUCAGAUCAGAACCCUGGCUCGGCGCUGCUAAGACGUCGGCAAGCGCCGCACCGAUCAUCGUCAC